AUGGGAAAUGCCUUUAGCUUCCUAGGACUUGGUACCAUAACAUGGAUUUCCUCAUUUCUCGUUUCGUGUUUUUCGGCCGCAGCAUGUAACUUGGGUUUCCGAUCAUAUUAUUGUGGUAAUUCUAUAGCAGCAAGAGUUGCUUAUGCAAUGAUGCUGCUUUUAAAUUCAAUCAUUGCAUGGAUAAUGAUGUCUGAUUGGGUUGCUAAAAAACUUGAGAAAAAAAUGCAUAGUACGUUACAUUUGAAUUGUCCAGAAGGAAGUUGUUUUGGAGUUUUAACGGUUCAUCGAAUCUGUUUUGCACUCUCAUUGUUCCAUUUUAUUUUGGGAGUUUUGGUUCUUGGUGUUAGAGACACGCGUAAUCCUCGAUUCGAAAUUCAAAAUGGAUGGUGGGGACCAAAGGUGUUUUUCUGGAUAAGUCUUUUGAUCGGAACAUUUUUCAUUCCAAAUGACUUUUUUUCAUUUUGGGGAAAUUAUGUUUCAUUGAUUGGGGCAACAAUAUUUAUCCUUGUCGGAUUAAUUCUCUUGGUAGAUUUUGCGCACACUUGGAGUGAAAAAUGCCUGGACAAAUAUGAUCAAUCUAAAGAUAACAAUUGGAAAAUCAUUCUUAUUGGAUCAACACUUUUAAUGUAUGCUGGUGCAAUAUUGAUGACAUCGUUCAUGUAUGAAUUCUUUGCCGGAUCAGGAUGUACGGUUAACCAAUUUAUUAUAUCCUUCAAUUUGGUAUUAUGCGUAUUUGGAAUAUUGCUAUGCAUCCAACCAAAAGUUCAAGAAGGAAAUCCUCGUUCGGGAUUAUCACAAGCUUCAAUGGUGGUAAUUUAUUGUACUUAUUUGAUAUUAAGUGCAGUGGCGAAUGAACCGUCUCAUGAUAUGUGUAACCCAUUAAAAUCCCCUCAUAAAACACGAAAAACAUCAAUCGUCUUUGGAUCUUUAUUUACCUUUUUGGCCAUCGUUUAUUCAACUUCAAGAACAGCUAGUCAAGGCAAGGCACUAUUAAUGAAAUAUCUUUCUUCUUCAGACUAUCAUUAUAAUUAUCGUCGUGUUAAUUGUGAUGAUAAUCAUUAUGUUGCUGAUGAUUUUCGUGAUAUGAUUCCUUUGGUGAAUAACGAGCCAAAAGAGGAACAAACCUUACCCUUAAAGCAUUUUCAAGAUGAUUAUGAUGUUGAAAGAGGGAUUUUGUCUGAUAAAGAAGAAGAAAAGGUCAGUUAUGAUCCAGUAGAUGAUGAAAAACAUGAUGUUGCUUAUAAUUAUGUAUUCUUUCACUUCAUAUUCGCAAUUGCUGCUAUGUAUGUUGCCAUGUUAUUGACAAACUGGAAUACUAUUACAAUUACGGGAAAUGAAAAAUUGGUUGCAAUUGGUCAAAGUUUUACAAUAGUCUGGGUCAAAGUGAUUUCAAGUUGGAUUUGCUUUUUAUUAUAUUGUUGGUCCUUGCUUGCUCCUGUCUUGUUUCCUGACAGAUUUUGUAAGUGA